AUGACCAGUGGUCCGGGCUCCCAGUGGAGAACAUUUCCCAGAAAUUUUCAUACAGGCGACCAACACCAAUUUACCCCAGGAUGUAUUAAUUUAGCCCCAUGCUGGUUCCAGCAAGGCCGGGAGAUUAGUACUGCUUCACCGGAAUGCUCAUGCUCAUGUAGACAUUCCACUCUGAAAGGGAAAGGUGGCCCCGAGGUGAUAAUAUCUAUGCAACAUGCAGCACUACUGGCCUUAGCAGCUCUUCAGGUGAUGCAUCCAAAGUUGUAUUGGGCUUCGGUCACCACACAAAUGAAACUUGGCCAAUGGGCCGCAGACCAUGGUCUCAGUUAUAUGUGCACUUGCCUGCAAUUUUGGGCCUCGGUUUUUAAUUGUGCAGCUGUCAUUUGUAACAGACAAUGCCCUCUUCACUGA